AAUUAGAGAACGGUUGCUCGAAAACGCCAGAUGGCACACCACCACCGUCACGCGGCGGUUUGAUACCUCGUAGUCCACCUUCCGAGAUGGAGCCAGACCACGAAACGACAACUUCCGGUCGCGGUCGGUUGGAGUCCUCGCCAUCCAAGCUGACGAGCGAAGCCGCUCCCAUGGGGCGCGAUCCUAGUGACCGUCGUCCUUUUGAUACCGUCUCUCCAAGUAAGGAUAGCCGUCAAGCGGAGUACCAUCGAUUGCGCGAGGAGUGGGAGAACCAAUACGCAAGCCGUCGACCGCCAUUUGUCGAAGCAGGUGCGCCGCCAAGAGUAAGCUUCUUCGCGCCUGAGACAUUUCCCGACGUGUAUCCGAAAUUCGGAAGCGCGCUUGCGCGCGACCCCAACGUGCAAGACCAGUACCGCAGCAUGCUUGCAGGCCGUUCUUCAGCAGAUCCUUUCGUAGAAAAGAGCAGCGGAUCAGGAGGUGGGAUCGCGAGUCUUCAUGAUCAAGCACAAGUACCACUAGUACCAGGUGCGGGUCGUGGAUUGUCUCCAAUCAAUCGCGGUGGACGUUGGGACGCCACCCGUUCACGUCAGUCAGACGCAGUAGCGCAAAGAGAGUCGCAGAUUAUGCGGCUUCAUAGGGCGUCAAACGACUCAAUGCAGUUGGAGCUCGAUAAGUUGAAGGAGCAGAGCAAGCAGCAAAGAGCGGGAAUCAAAGUGCAGAUGGACAAUCUGAAACGGGAAGCGCUUAACGUUCAGAGUCAACAUCAAAAAGCGCUCUACGAAGAUUUCAUGGGCAUUCACACAGCCCUGAAUCCCGCAGUAAAAGAUGCCAGAGGUACUUUUCUUCCAACAAAUUCAAAUUCGUGUCAGUUGUGCUUGGGUUGCUUUGCAGUCGUAUCUGUCGCUGUCGAGACCUGAUAAAUUACAAAAAAUAAUGAGCCCAAAGUCAAAGACAAAGUUGUUUUCUAAAUCUGCUUCUCCAUUCAACUUUUCUCUCUCCAGCUCUGACAACGUACGAACUUGGGCUCUCCGGUUGGAACGGGCCCACUAUGGGCGAAGCGCUGAAUCAUGAACUAGCGCGUCCACUUGACGCACAAAGCGUCUUCGUGCCGCAAAAGGCCUCGGUCCUUGACUCUCUCUACGGCCCAGCGGAGAGGAAACAGCUCUUAGACGAUUUUUUGGCACAAGAACGACAAAAGCUAGUCUCGGAUGUGCUCUACCCGCAGAAGGCGAAGACGCUGCCUCCAGUAGAGGAAGCGAUCCUUCGCAGGGACGACUGGACCAAGCUGGCAGUGGAUGAGGAGGGCCGUUGGGACAAGAUAAAACCGCCGUCAUCGCCAGUGACAAAAAUCACAUACGCAGAGGGAGAGAUCGGCUACGUCCCACCAGCAAUGUCGGCUGAGGAACUGCAGGCGGACUUAGACGCCGCCGAAGCAGAGCGGAAAGCGAUGGCCCGUGCCGAGUCGCCGUUGAGUCCGACAGGGGAUAAGCGGGAGGAACGGAUACUGCGGUCCGACAACUGGCUGAACAGUAUGCCAGGCGGGCGACCGAGCGAGCCACUGCCGCAAACAGGGGUGCUUCGGAUAGACUGGACACCACGUGACGAGGAAGAAGCGUCAGGAGACGACUUAAACAAGCGGAUUGUUGGUGAAGACUACGAUAACGGCCGGGAAGGAUCCAAUAUGUCAGCGAAGAGUGCUGGUGAUGCACAGGGUGAACAAGAGGAAGUCGAUGUGAAUGUGGAGCUAGUCUACAACCCGACAAGGCCGAAACACGCGCGGCGGGGAUACGACUACACUCUCAUUUUCAAGCGCUCAGAGGAUGGGCGAGGCGGUCAGCUGUGCGUCACACGUGAGUAUCUGCGGCAACUCGCUGCAAAGGCAGACACGCUUUACAUCGACGACACUAACAGUGAUCCAACAUCAGCACUAAACCAAGAGGAAGAGGACGAAGAAGAAGAUGCUGAAAAUCCUGAGGCAGCAGAUGAAACUGCUGGCACAGCGUCUGCUUCUGCCAAGAACAAAGACGAAAGCUCUAGAAGGGAUCCAGAGCAGCAUCAGGAAGAGCAGGAUCCUCAAUUUGUACAGUUGAAGCUCGGCGUCCGCUGGCCCCUCAAUCGUCUUGCCGACGGGCUGCCAUUCUCUAUCGGCCCUGGUCCGUCUUUCGCACAGAAUGCAUACACAAUCACGGAUGAGCGUGCUGGUACGCUCGAGGGUGACACGCCUGUCGAAGGGAGGUUUGCUGUGAGCGGUGAAAUCGCGGAGAUGACGUGGGAAGGAACAGCCGUUGCGAAUAUGGUCUAUCCGUUCGCGCAGAGUCCCGAAGUCUAUUACGGACCCGACGUUGGGGAUACCAGUCCAUAUCUCUACCAUGCCUGCUACAAUGCAGAGGGCUUGCAGCUACUAAUCGGUCUCGGCGAUGGCAGCUGCGGCUGGCAGAAGGGUACUCCGGACGACAUUCGUGUCUUCCUCGGUAUUAGAAAAGAAACGCCAGAAACCGUAGCAAACGUAGUCACCACACCUACAAUUACUUUUACUGAGCACGAACAAGACCGAGCUGGCGCAGAAAAUUCUCCAGUCCUCGAAGAAGAUCGAGGAAAAGAUUCUUUGCAAGAAGAAGACCAGCGUCAACCGCGGAAUGACAAAGGUGGCGUAGAAGAGGAGGCCAAUCCAAAGGAACAGCAAGGAGACAUUAGUGGUGAGCAACAACAUCAGACCGCGGCACCUGAAGGGGAAGUUGCACAAGCUUCGCCACCAGACGAGAAGCAGCCAGUGCUGGAGGCAGGUGAGGAGGUAAAGCCUACACAAUACACCCGAGCACUGAUUGAAAGUGAUGACCACCAGGCACCUGCCGCAUCAGGAGAAGGAGAUCCGGUGGCAUCGUCGCCAACUCUCAAGAUAGAGCCGCCGACUGAAGGUGAUUGAGCGAGUGUAACUGGAGUUCGAAAAUGUACAGGACUGCAGCAGACUGGAUCAUAAUCAUCUUAUCAUUAUAAAUCUAGCAUAUCUCAUGAGUGAAAUUAAAUCGAAUUCGAAAAAGAGACUAGACCUACUUACACAUGACGAUCAUCUUAUUCACGACGAAUACUUCCAUUGCAUCAAAAACCCAAAUACACACUUAACUGAAGUAGAUUCGAAAUGAGUUUGUCAUUGACCGAGCACAGUGGAAUGAAUUUGAGAGAGUAUAUCACAUGAUCAUGUUGAAUCUAGUAGAGACACGGCGGAUGUGGGCAGGAUUUCUUGGCUUCUGCACGACGUAAAUCGGGAUGCCGAUGAGGUAUGACCUAUCUCAUAAUGUGUAUCUUUGUACAGUAUAAAUAUAUAAUUCUUGCUCAAUUUGUCUUCAUAACUACCUCUACCACGACUCGCAGAAGUUGUGAACAUGCCUCUAUACAGCUAUAGCUGCCCACAACAUGACCACAACUAAUCUUCAGUCGUCUGCGAAUCUAAAGUACGUGCAGGGUGCAGCACUUGGAACAAAGUGGUGAUGACAUGGUACAUGAAGCCUGACCGACAAUGAACGUGUCUUCUGUCUUUGUUUACAGCAUCCAUAAUUUGAUAUGCGAAAUGAUUCGCCCAACGUCAACAACAACAUGCCUUAUGAGUCCUCAA